CCAAAAUGAAAUUUUCGUAUCUAACUUUAUUUAUAAUACUUUUCGCUGGCAUUGAAGGAAAUGGGAUUCUCGGGAACGAACAUAACGUAAAACUUUUAGAUACUAGCAAACAGUUACUCUCAAGGCAAAAAAGAUGGCUUAUUUGGAAGGAAGGAACGAAUUGGGUCUCGGUUAUUUUUGGUAUCGGUGUACCAGUAAAUGUAGAACACCAAAGUAUAACACUGGGUAUGGUUAUGAAGGCUUUUUAUUUAUUACCAACAAACAGCAGUAUUUUUACAAAUCCAGAAAUCGGUAUAUUGGAUAGGAAAAGCCGAAGCAAACGUUCAGCUACAAGAUGGAAAAUUUACGAAGCCAUCGAGAAUUAUUUAGACCGAAAUAACUAUCCAGAUGGUAAAGCCUGUCUCCUGAAAUCGAUAUGCGAGAUAUCCGCAGUUCCGCUCGAACAAAAAUCGGGACUGAUAGCGGAAAUUUUUCAUAGCAUUCUCACGCCUUCUUCCACCGACGACGAAAUCGAAAAUCACAUACACAACGAGUACCACGAAGCCGAAAAGUUGGGCCGAGAAGUUGAAAGUUGUUCUCACGUUUUCCCCGAGUGUCCCGUCGAUCCUGUGCAGCAGUUUUCAAAGUUUAUGUCCGUGAAUAAGUUUGUAUACUAAAGUUUUCGAGUUUUAAUAAAAUUUCCCUAAAGUUUAAUCUAGUUUUUAUAUUAAAUUAUAAGCUGUUUUACUGUUUACACUCCUAAAAUAUCCUGAUGUAAACUCGGUAAUAAAAACCUGGGCAAUAA